GGCAUUUUCUACAGAUAACACGUGAAUUAAAAGCUAGACGAAAAGUUAAAAAUUAAAGACACAAGUGCUGUUAGCUACAAAACAGAACUGUAAUUCUAGACAGAAAAGUAAAUUUUGCGAUGAAGGUGGCUCAUCCACCAUUGAUUGGCAGUUUCUUUCUCCCUACUUUGGGCCUUGCUGUGUUCUCUUUGGCUCUAGGAUAUUGGAUAUCAAGGAGAAAGAAGGGUAACAUCAACAACGAUGAACCUAAUGUCACUGAAAAGUCUUCGGCCGAUACAGUUGGUGAGACAGAUAGCAUGUCAGCCCUAGAAAAUAUGAAGAAAAAGAAGAAAAAACAUGAUUGCAACUGUGGGAGUAAGGAAACAUCAAAAUUCGAAAAGCAACCGUCACAAAUCAAAAUUAUGUAUGGAACUCUCAUGGGCAAAAGCAAGAAAUUUGCUGAAAUUCUAUCAGAACAUGUGGGUGAAGAAACUCAAGUCUCAGUUGUUAACCUUAAAGAAUGUGAUUCCGAAGAUAUCUUUGUUGGUCCUGACACUAAAGACACACUUUUCAUAUUUAUUGUUUCCACUUAUGCCGAAGGAUCACCUCCAGAAGAUGCUGAGUGGUUUUAUAAAUGGCUUGAAGAUUCUGCUCUUGAUUUUCGAGUACCACAAACCUUUUUGGCUGAUGUUAGGUUUUCAGUAUUUGGUCUUGGCAAUUCCUUAUAUUUUGAAAAUUACAAUGUGAUUGGCCGCAAUAUUGACAAGUGGUUGAGUAAGAUUGGGGCGGAGCGCUAUGCACCCCUCGGGCUAGGAGAUGAGAAUGUUGCUGAAAGUUUACAUGGGAACAUAGAAGCCGAUUUCGACCAUUGGUGUGAAGGAAUUCUCAAUUUAUUAAAAAAUCCUCAAGGUACAACUGAAAAGAAAAAUGGAUGCAGUAAAGGAAAUGAUUGUUGCAGUAAAAAAGGAAAAAAGAAAUCCGUCAAUCGGUCACAGAAAAAGAAAAAUAAUAUAGUGGAAGAAACAGACGUUACGCGUGAUUCUGAUUCCGAAUCAGAUACAAAUGAAGCUGUCGUUGAUUUAGAAGAUCUGGGAAGUUUUGUCCGAGUAGAAAACAAAGUUGGAGAAGACAGUGAGGAAGAUGAAGAAAUUACUACGGUCGAUGGAGAACCACGUGAAAUGUUAACUCCUCAACUUCGAGAAUCUUUGACAAAACAAGGAUAUCGCUUGAUAGGAACUCACUCAGGCGUGAAAUUGUGCCGAUGGACUAAAGCUAUGUUACGAGGUCGUGGCGGUUGCUACAAACAUACUUUUUAUGGAAUUGAAAGUCAUCGGUGUAUGGAAACCACGCCUAGUCUUGCGUGUGCCAACAAAUGUGUUUUCUGUUGGCGUCAUCACUCGAAUCCUGUCGGAACCGAAUGGCGAUGGAAAAUGGAUCCAGCCGAAUUCAUAUUAGAGGGAGCACUAGAGCAACACGCUAAAAUGAUUAAUCAGUUCAAAGGAGUUCCAGGCGUCCAGCCUCACCGUUUAGCCGAAGGAAUGAAUCCUGUUCAUUGUGCACUCUCUCUUGUUGGUGAACCAAUCAUGUACCCGGAGAUCAACAGAUUCAUGCGUAUGCUUCACGAGAAGAAAAUUUCGUCGUUCAUGGUGACUAAUGCCCAAUUUCCCGAGGCUAUUCGUCAGUUAGAACCGUGUACCCAACUUUACGUUUCUGUUGAUGCAUCAACCAAGGACAGCCUUAAAAAAAUUGAUCGGCCGCUGUUCAAAGAUUUCUGGGAGAGAUUCCUUGACAGUCUACGUGCCCUUUCAGCCAAAGGGCAAAGGACGGUCUAUCGCUUGACUUUAGUUAAAGCCUGGAAUGUUGAAGAACUUGAAAGUUAUGCCGAACUCGUUAAACUUGGCGAACCUGAUUUUAUUGAAAUCAAAGGUGUAACUUUUUGUGGCACAUCCAAAGCUUCGACGCUAACUAUGGAAAAUAUUCCAUGGCAUCAUGAAGUAGUGACGUUUGGUGAAAAAAUCUGCUCCUACCUUGAUGCAUACGGCCUAGCUGCCGAACAUGAGCAUUCAAACUGUAUCCUCUUAGCCAAACGCAGCAAGUUCUUUAAAGAUGGCCGUUGGAAUACCUGGAUUGAUUACGACAAGUUUCAUCAGCUCAUGCAAGAUUACUAUUUGUCUGAUGGAAAAGCUACGUUUACCUCGGAGGAUUACAUGGCGCCAACUCCAGACUGGGCCAUGUUUGGAAGUCCUGAGCAUGGAUUUGAUCCUGUUGAAAAUCGCUGGCACCGUAAGCAGCCUAAGAAGGAUAUUAGCGGCUGCUAAAUUCUCAGUUCAAAAUAUCGCUGAAACGAUUCUUUGUCAAAAAUGUACUGAAGUUAAAACUUUUAGAAGUUGCAAAUAAAUUCAGUGAACAAUAAAAAA